AUGUCACCUCGUAUAGUUGCGGUGUUUGGAGCCACCGGAACUCAAGGCUCGUCCAUCGUACAAGCCCUGCUAGCGGAUGGUACAUUCGUACCGCGUGCAAUCACCCGAAACUGCACUUCGGAGAAAGCGUUGAAACUGAAGGCUCUUGGUGCCGAGGUAGUGCAAGCAGAUCUAUGGGACGUCGACUCGUUGAAGCAAGCCCUGUCCGGUGUUGAGGCCGUCUAUGGGGUCACCGACUAUUAUGAUCCCAAGAACUUCGCUCAAGGCCACAACAGCGAAAUGCUACUUGGGAAGAAUCUCGUCGACGCUGCUCAAGCAAUGGAUAUCAAGUACUUUAUUUGGAGUUCUCUUCCGCAUGGUACAAGGGUGUCUAACGGGAAGUAUCCAAAUGUUUACCACUUUGACAACAAAGCGAACGUAGACGACUAUCUCCGAGACUCUGGCAUACCCCAUUCUAUCCUGUACACCGGCUGGUUUACAGAGAAUCUCUGGAACUACAAUACUCUUGCGCCUGUGCCGGAUUCCGAUCGCCUUGAGUUAACUGUGGCGAGAUAUGACCCUCAAUCUCCUCAAUACUUUACAUGGGUUGAGGGGGACCUCGGCCAGUGCGCAUUGGCGCUUCUCAAACACUAUCAAGAUCCUGAAUCAGAAGUUCUCUCCCGAACCUUCUAUGCCGUCAGCGCAAAGAUGAACUACACUCAAUUUGCAUCCGUCCUCGAGCAGGCACUGGGGAAGCCAGUACGUUUUGUCUCCUGCCAGACUACUGGAAUGCAGGAAAUGGACGACAUGUAUGAUUUCCAGUCCGAGUUCGGACUAUACCCAGAAACUGCUAUCCCUGAUCCCCGAUUGGUCAACUUGGGAGUGAAGUUCCAUACUAUGGAGGAAUUUUCGCAGGAAAUUAAAGGUAGGUAUGCUUGA